AUGAUAUUUUCCCCUUUUGUUUUAAUUCUCUUGUCUUUGAUCCUUCCCCAAUGGAAAUGCUAUUUUCGAAAAUUUGAAAAGGACCAGGGGAAAUAUUUAUCCCCCCCAGUUUUCAAAGUGAAGAAGGGCUCAAGAGUUUUUUCGCGGCUGCGUAGAGGGGGUAAUAGAGGCGCUCACACAUGGGGAGAAGAACAGAGUAUGUCGGUAUGCCCCUUAAGGAGGCGUAAUUUCUCUUCAAUAAGUGAAAGGUCAAUUAACCGCGUAUGCAAGCGACCUAGGUUAAAUGCCCCACAUUGUGUUAGGCCUUUUCCCCGCGACUGUGCCUCCAUAUGCAGAAGUUUUGACAAACGGAGGGAGUACAAUACAACGCAGUGGAAAUGGUACAACAAGGAAAAAGCUCAAUUGAUGUUUAUUUUGUGCAAGACAGGCUUCAAUUUUCCUAGGCGCAAAGGAUGUAACAGAAGAGACAGUGCUCCAGGUGGAACUAUCAACUGCAAUAUCGACACGAGGUUCGGGGUUCAUAGGAAAUGGAUGCUACUAUCUGGACGGAUAGAAAAGGAGAGACCCCAGGACAAUUUUGAACAAAUCAAAAACGAUGUAAAACUUCCAGAUGGCAUUCCCUCAGUGGGAGAACCAUGCAACGGUUUGGAUAUUUCCCGAGACAGUUAUUCCUCCGAAGAGUGCACUAAAAGGAUUAUAAAAAACAUUUCUCAGAGAAGAUACAUAUAUAAUUGCACACAAAAUGAGGAUCUGUUCAGGAUACUCAAGGGAAUAAACACUCUGAUUAACAAAUUACAUGUGAAUGAUUAUGGAAAUGAAAACAAAGGAGGGGAUGUAUUAGAUGUCCACUCCAUCUAUACAGAUGAGCGACAUGCGAAAAAUGGAGAAGAAAAAAUUAUUGAUGUGCAUAAUAUGAGGAGAGACACUCUUUCUAAGGAUAAUUACCUGAACAGGUCAGGCGAUUUUUCUACAACGGAUAAAAAUCAUGGGAGUAGUAAAAAUACUUCUUUGUCUUCCUCCCUUCCCGAUUUAUUCACAAAGAAGGCAUUUAAAACAUGGAUGAUGCCACUCAAUUUGAUGCUUAUCAAAUCGUGGGUUGAAAAUAUUAUAAAAUCUGUGUGUGCAGAUGAUCAUGCGGAUAGGGAAAUUUCUAAAAACCGCAACAUCUUUGUUAAAUGCGAAAAUGUUAUACAGAAAAGGUUGUUCUUUCAUUUGGUAUGUUUCUACACACAAAUUGCCACAUGGACGGGGGAACGCGGAAGGGAUGUUAUUCUAUACCUUUACAGAGAGGACGAGGAGGAGGCAGAGAAAUUCUACAGACAUUUGAAGGACAUUUAUCCGGAGGGGGUGAUUAGCUUCUUUAAUUACAAAAAUUGCAUACAUAAUGACAAGGAGGCAUUUAUAAUUUUAUUGUCGUAUGAUGAAUUCUUCAACUUAACCCUACAUGUCGCUAACAAAACGCCCGCUGAUUUGGAGAGGUACCUUAACGGAAAGGCUAGUUGUGUAUCUAGAUGUCCCAACCUGUUUUCCCUUUUUUCAAAGCUGCUUAUAUGUACGCCCCGUGAUGAAGCGGCAAAGUACGGCGAAGCGGAACAAACGUUUAAAAUAUUUCUGGACGAUUUUAACGUAACAUAUAAUUAUGACCAAAGCGUGAUAGAGAAAAAUCUUUACGAAAACCUUUUCCCUGCGAUUGACUUACGAAGGGACAACGUCACAUUUUACCCCUUUUUGAGGAACUCUUUACCCACACUGUGGUUUAAAACAUGGCUGGAACAUGUCCACAAGGAGUGCUAUUCUGUCAAUCUGCGAAAAAGGAAAAACGUUUUUAUUUUGCACAAGAGGUUUAUUCUCCCCCUAUUGGAUGAAUCGGCAACUGCGCAUUUGAGCCGCAAGGGCUUGGACCGAAGGGGCCCUAAAGAAAUCGCGGAAAGAACCAAGGCGAUGAUAAACCCAAGUUUAUAUCCCCUCUUCGAUCUAGCUACAAAUAAAAAAAGAAAUUUCCGUACCCCACAGGUCGAACGAUACAUGUCCAUUUUUAACAAACACAGAAAAGAAAUUAUCGUCGAAUAUUUGAAGAGGCACAACUUGUACAACAUAAAUAAGUUAAAAAAGAAAGACAAAAAAAUAAAAAGAAAAUUUAAUAUCGCUAGGCGGUUUUUAAAAAAAAAAAAAAAAAAUUUGCUAGACUUGGAAAUUUCACACUACAUAAAUUUCUUCAUGAACAAAAAAAAAAAAGGAAGUAUAUUCUUCAGAAAAAAUGUUAUUGAUUAUGGUUAUGUGACAGAAAGGGAGUUUCUACAUGCCAGGGAUAAGAUACACAUAUUGACAAAGGGUGUAUGCAGUUGGCAUCACGAGGGAAGAGAAGGACUCCUCCAUCAGCAAUGUGGGGAUGCAUCCUCGGCUGAAAAAACUCGUUCUCAUGAAUCCUCUCCAAGGAGUGAACCACACAAAAGUGUCAAAGAAAUGGUUAGUUCGGAAGAAGUGGGCAGAGAUAAUGGACAAUGUACCAAAUGGGAGGAGCAUGAAAAAUGCGAUGAAGAAAUGAAUGCUCCGUUUUUUUUGCAAAGUCGAGAAGCGACACGCCUUCCCUUCAAUAUGGACACUUCUCUCCCAAAUAAAGCAAAACAUUUUUGUUACAAAAGUGGGGACAAACAAGGAGAGUCGUGUAAAUCUACUGCGCGCGCCGCAACUCCAUUCUACCCAUGCAUUUACUACACAUUCGAUAAGGAAACAUUCGAAAAGUUUUCCAAAGAGUUAUACGCAGGGCUUCCUUUUUUGCCUGAACGGUUCAGGCAAAAAUGGAGAAAUGUGUUAAAAAAAUAUGAACAGGCAAUACGACCAAGUUUUUCCUUUAAAAAGUAUCUCCUAAAGGGGAUUUUCUUGGUAAAGGAAAAGUUAAGCAAACUGGAAAAGCAGUUCAUUGGAGAGUUACUGAAGAAUAACCUUAUAAAAAUUAUUUUGUCUUGUGUAGACAUUUCUUCGGAUGGUAUUUCGGUGAAUACGGUGUUUGUGGAGGAUGUGCAAGUGUACAUAAAGGAUAAACUACCUCAGUACAAUCAGCUCCUUAACCUGAUAAAUCGCUUGCACGGAGAUAUCUUACACCCGCGAGGUAGGAGCAGUCACCUGGGGAAUACCUCCUACUGGGGAGAAGCGCCUUUUGUGGAUGACGCAUACAAACUGCACUUUGUAAAAUACUUUCUUUACUUAAAUUGGGCCAAGGUAUUCAGGAAAUAUACCCUUUCGAAUAAUGAUCUGUUAAAUUUAUUUGCAAAUAGCUCAAACUGUUUUUUAAUCCCAAGGAGGUAUGAAGACAUUUCCAUUUUUUUAAAUUUGCAAAGCGAAAGUUAUUUAAAUUUAUCCCAUUUGUACAAAACGGUUUUGCGCGACUUUUAUUUUAAUCUGUACAACAAGAGCAUCAGCAGGGGAAUAUCUUUUCUCCUGAAAAAUUCAGAUGAAUGGAAAAUAAAUACAUUAACUAUGUUUGAUGACCGGGUGAGCAGUCCCCCUGCAGGAGGAAAAAGUUAUCGCUUUUUCUAUACUAAAGAGAGGUGGGAUAGAAAGCAAAUGGAAGAUUUCUUCCCACAUAACAUCAUCUAUAUGGCAAUGAAAAAAGCGCAAAACAUUCACAAAAUUUAUAAAUAUAAAGAAACGAAUGAAACCAUUCUAGUGGACCGUUUUUUGAGCAUGCCGAAUGAGACGGCCUACUCGAUUAACUACUUCGAGUUCUUGUACUUUUUUUUAUUGACGAACAAAAAUAUUGGAUUAAUAAAAAGACACCUCAUAAAUAACGUUUUCGAAUUUUACGCUGUGAAGAGGAAGGAAUAUGAAAAGGUGUUUGUCACCUCCGAUAGGAAAGACAAAAUUAAUGAUUAUCUGGACAGGGUCGAAAGAGUAAGAAAGUAUUUUCCAGAAAAUUACGCUUAUGUUUACCACGAUACAUUUGUAAAAUAUAACAACAUUAGAAAGGAAGUGAGAAAGGAACUGAGAAAUAUGUACAGGCAAAAGUAUAGCAUGCUCCGUGAAACUAUUUGUGAAGGCGAUCAGAGAGAUUUGGUUUUGACCACUCUCGACUCGGAGCCUUGCAUUAUUCUGGAUAUAUUUAAAAUGAAGCGAUCCGUGGGUAGGAGAAAAGAAGAACAGAAGAAUGAUCUGUACGUUUGCGCAAAUAUCAGGGGUGAUCUGUUCAUAUGCAACAUAUUCUUCUUUGAUAGGGUCUUAAAGGAUAAAAAAAUGUGUAACUUUAUUAAGGAAAGAAACAAAGGCAUAAACUACGCUGAUCACUUGUUUGGACAAAGGGAUGUGGUCAAUUACGAGCUCAUUUUGAAGGAGCGCCACUUUCCGUUUGAUAUUUAUCUGGGAGAUUGUAGUACGGGCUGUGCGGACGGAAUGGACAACAACUCUCUCCCGAUCGAGAAAAAAAAAAAAAAAAAUUUCCAUCAAUUUGUAGUUAACAAAAUCAAGGUGAACCAAGAAUUAUGCAGUGAGAAAAAAUAUCCUAAUGAUAGGGAGCAAAAAAUUUCACAACCACAGGUGGAAGAAACAAAAGUGGUGAAUCUGGAGGAUUUAUUUGAAAAUUGGUACAGCGAAGAUUUGUACAGUCGGAAAAGAAAGCUUUCCCUUUACUGGCAGAAGCUGAACACCCUGAAGAGAGAAAUGCUUCAUCAAUGCGCCAAGAGGUUGAAGAAUGAUAUCGGAAAAAAUGCGCCCAAGGAAUGUAUAGAAGAAGUGGAUCACUAUAAUAAAGUUGGGUGGCAUCCCUUGCAGGGGAAAAAAAAUCCUAUGAUGUACCAAGUAAGCAGUUUCUGCGAAGGAGAUAGGACAAGUUGUAUGACGCGGAAAAGGCAGUGCCAAUCAGUUGCAAACAAAAUUAUGAGCACGAAAAUUAUGGGCACGAAAAUUAUGGGCACGAAAAUUAUGGGCAUCCUCAAGAAAUAUAAGAAAAGAAAAAACAGUGGGAAUAGAAAUAAUUACACAAAAGAGAUGAACAAAGUGGAUCGAAUAUUUGGAAACGAAAGAAAGACCAUGAUGGAUCAGUUUAGGAACAUGUAUUCUUUUCUACAACAUUUCGACCUUAUCGACACGCUGCAGAAAUUUCUAAAUCCAUACGUAAGAAAUAGUCUAUGGUUUUACGUCUUAACUCUGUACAUGAACAAUCAGUAUGAGGUGGACCCACCAAAGUUCCUUGUCCAACCGGAACUGCUAAUAAUAAUUUUUUAUAUAUCUUUUUGCAAAGGAAAGGGGGAUUACUUGGAGAAUUAUUUUUCCUCUUUUCAAAUCGAGAGCGAGGUUUUGCGGAACGUUAUCGUGGAUGUGUUUGCUUACAGGCAGUUGUUGUUGCGUGUGCAGGAUAGGUUUCAAGUUUAUGUGGAAAUUCCGUUCAACCUGGAGGGCGUGCAAGACAUGUAUGAUGGGCUAAUUAAAUUACGCGAAAGAAAAUUUACCGAAAUUGACCGAGUGGUGAAGGACAAACUACACGACCUCAGCAUCAUCGUCCAGAAAAGUAUAUCCAACAAUUUCAACGAAGGAAUAAAUCAAAUUCUGUUUAAGUUUGUUCGUUAUGUGGACGACAUGGGGAGAAUGACCCAGGUGAUGUAA